UGCCUUAGUAACUUUUGUUUUGAUGUCAAACAUGUUUUAUUAAGUUUUUUUUUUACCAACAUUCAAACAAACUUUGAAAUUUGUUAGCUGCGGCGAGGAAUAUGUGCGAGUAUUCCAUGUCUUCUAUGAUAUGAGCUGUGAUCACGCGCUGGAUUUAUUUUUUGAACAGGUAUUUGUUUAGUACACCGGAGACACUUUCGAAAUUCAAUAAAGCGGAGCUACACUUGACUUAGCAAGUUAAAUGGAAGAUGACAACAUGUGACUUUACAUCCGAUUAUGGUACAAAACCAUAAAAUCCAAACAUGACAGGCGAUUUUUGACAGACUUGAAAAGUAGGAGAAAAACAUUCCAUUUCAAACGGAUCCAACAAUAUGAGUAACACGUAUGAUGAUCCAGCGGCCCGCCCACUGUUUGGCGAUCCGCAGCCACGGGAUCGGAUGCUGAACCUUGUGGUUGCGGUAUUUACCAGUAUUAUAGUUGCUGUGACUUUGAUUAGUGCUUUCGUCUUUCCAAACUGGCCACCUGGUGGAACCAAUGUCUUCUUUGCUGUUAUUAUAGUUUUGAUCUGUGCUUCACAUUUACUUCUGAUUUAUUGGUACAGACAAGGGGACCUUGAGCCAAAGUUUAGGACCAUGAUCAUUUACAAUGCAUUUACCAUCAUUUUACUGUGUGUAUGUGGUAACUUAUACAUUCAUGAAAUUGGGAUUAAAAAAAAUCCAAAAUAACUUAAAUAGUGUCAUGCCAGCCAUGUCAAUUGCUUGUUCAAAACUGUUGACUUUAUGCCAUGCCUCGACGUCUAGUAUGACACCAAGUUCUUCAUGACACAAAAUGUUAAACAUUUACGGUACUGUGAAAGGGGUCAAUGGAAAUAAUCCAUGAAAAGAAGAGGUAUCCUCUGGAUGAAAGCAUCCUGGAAUAGGUUAGAACAUUUCUAUAUUACAUAUGUUCAAUUCUGUAAAAUUUCUGAAGUUCAGUUAAGCUUUACUGUCAAUAUGCUAUGACUUACAUAUGUUGUAUACAUUAACCACAAAGUUAUUGGGUCUCCACAGUUAAUGUGCAUCUGUUUUUAUUGUAAAUAUUUCCUAUUUAUUUGAUUUGGUCAUUGGCGAGUGUAUUUAAUACUUCAAACUUCAGUAAAUUCUCUCUUUUCUCUGGCUGGGGUAAUGUUAUUUAUUUCUUUGUACUAAACAUUCCAACUUACUUUAUUCAAAUACUUGGAUAAGUCGAAGUUUCCUACAGUGGCGCUGAUUUUGAGAUAACGAGGUUCAAAUAUAUAUAUAUAUAUAUAUAUUUAAAUUCUAUGUACAUGUUUAUGUAUCAAUCAUUUCAAAAACACAGCUAAUGUUUAGAAAUGUUUUAAAUACAUCUAUAGCUUGAAACCUAAUCACCAUUGAUUUUCUUCAUUUUCAAGUUAUUACUUUAAAACUUGACACAACUGAAUAAGUUGUGAUGUUUAUGUAUGAUAUAAUGUAGAUUACAGAUCUGACAACCCUAUUACAGGGCUGACCAUACUAACCUGUAUCCAACUCUAUUAUGUUUGGUGGAGUGGUAAGUAUUACCAUUGGUUACCAAUGAUAAUUUAUAUGAAUGUACAGAUGGUGCUUUCCUUGGUUAAAAAUACAUUUGUAUCUAUGUUUGAUUGUGUACAUCUAUAUUAAUACUGAUGUGUGGAGAAUGUACUGAAAUGAUGGUAUGUAUUGAUGUGAAAAACACUUCAAAUUUUGUUCUUUUAAAUUCAGAGAAUUUUUUUUCAACUUUCCACAAAGAAAUUAUAAUUGAAUGUCUUAUACUUAAGCUUAAUUCUUGGCAAUAAUUGCUGUAAUAUUCUUUUUCUUGUGGAUAUGCAAAAUAUACACGACUUCAAUGCCAGGCAGUUCUGUUCAAUUAUGUACCCGGUGAGUCAGUGCUUUACAAUUACAAUUUUCUUUAACCUUAUCUACACUAAAGAGCUGUUGUUGAAAAUGUUCUAUAUAUUGACGGAUGGUUUAAAACUGAGGAGUCAUUUCAGUGUGAAAUGUUACAUCAUGAGAUCUUGUCCAAGUAGCCACUGUAUACUUUAUUGAUUUGACAUGCAUACUUCUUCAUGAACUUCCAAAUAUUUACUUUAUGAAUUUAUAUAUUGUCUGGAAGAAAUAUCUGUUUGCAGUUUCUUUAUAGGAUUUAUCCAAGUAUGGUAUGUGACAUAUGAUACAAAAUGUUAGCUAUGUUGUAAUUGAUUUCAUAGAACUAGGGAUUAAAACCUCUGAAAAGUCUAAAUUGGUUCUGACCUAAAUUUUUCACAUUAUUUUAAAGUUUCCUUAUCCAUUAUGUAAGCAUAUGACAAUAUUAAUUUAUAUAUGCUGAGUGAUGCACAUACAUGACAUCAAUCCAAUGCUUUACAUUUAUUCAAAACAGUUUAGAUUUUAACACAAUUUAUUAACCAAACACUACUAAUGCCAUGAAAUGUCUUGCUGUCUAGUCCAUCUCUUGAAGGACAGACAGGCACUUUGUCAUACCUAAUCAAUCCUGACAUUAAGGUGACAUCACAGUUAAACAAUUAAACAAAUUUUUUUUUAAUAAGUUAUCACCUGAGACACCUAUUGUGAUCCCUUUUUGUCUGGUGUCGUGCAUUGUAAACCUUUAAUAUUUUUGACUUUUUAUGGAAAACUCUUGAGCAGAUUUCAAUGGGGUUUUUUUUUUACGAAAAACCUUACAUGACUAAAGGCAUAUCAAAAUUGUAAAUUAUUUGGUCACCAACCCCAGGGCCAAAAAGGGAAAAUUGAUUUAAACUUCAGAAAUCUUCUUCUCAAAUCCCAGGUAUUUUAGAAUCAGAAUGGAUGGAAAAGUCUUCAAAUGCUUUACCAAAAUAGUAAAUUUCAGGACCCCAGGGUCUUGCAUUUGGCCCAGUGGAGGGGGUAAACUCCAUUGUAGUGUAUAUAGGAAAAUUACAUGUCUGAACAUUAUUUAUUUUCUAUUGGAAAUAAUUCAAACCUGGUUAGAAUUAUUAGUUUAAGCUGACAGUUUGAAAAGAUGCACAUAUCAAUUUUGACCGACCCCCAGGGGGCUGAUGGGUGGGGCCAAAAGGGGUCAAAUUGACUGAAAUUCAAAGAUGUUCUACUAUUUCUGGAUGCAAGAUUUUUUUAUAGUGAAAUUCAAAUAUUGGGUGUAAUUUCUUUUAAUUUAAACUUGGUUAGAAGCCUUAGCAUGGGACAGUAGUUAAUGUAUACAGGAGUUACAUUUGCAUUAUAUGUACAAUAUAGUUAAAAUUAUAUCACUGUUUUGAACAAAAUCAUUUCUAUGUCAUGUUACAAGAAGCCUUGUGACUCAGGUGACCAUUAAGGCCCUAGGUCCUCUUGUUUAUUAUUGCAUAUAUAUAUCAAAUAUAUUUGACAUUGGAAAUUGACUGUGAAUAUUUGGAUAGCAUAGAAACAGAAAACGAAGUAUAAUAACCAUGUACAAACAAUAACAAAAUGAAUGUUUUACUGUGAUGUCCCUUUAAAUUCUACUGGUUUAUCAUGUAUUGAUUAAAUAUUGAAUUGUUAAUAUUGAUUUGUUAUUGUUUGAUGUACAAUUCAAAAAUUAAAAUGUUCUUGAAGUAAGUCUUUUGGAAUAUAAUCUCAAAAGAUAAAUGUGAAACACUCUGUAUACCUAACACGUUAUCAGUAUGUUAGUUUAUGGACCAAGAAAAUAUCAAGGUAACUUGUGUAAAAAAUGUUGAUGAUUAUAAUACAAUAUAUUAUAUAUUUUAAAAUUGUGAAUACAUUUCUGUGUUUGUAAAAUUUGUAGAUAAUGUGCAGGUGAGUAUAAUCUCAAAGAUUAUUGUUAACACAUACUUUAUAUCACUUUUGGUUAUAUAAUGCCUUCCAUGUCAAUUUUAAUAGGGUUAUCUCCCCCUUUUUAAAAAAGUUUUUCACCAAUAAUGAAUUGUUCAAGUCUAUAACCACAGAUUAUGUCUAGCCUAAAAUCUGUUGACAUGAAGACAAAAUAACCAUGUAGCUUGUGUCCAUUAACUUAUCUCUGACAAACCCAACUGCUGAUUAAAGCCAAUACCUUGCUAAAGGCCUAAAUGACCUCUAUAUGAAAAAUUUUGUGUUUAAAAUUCCAGUUUUCACUGCAUCCACACUAAAAAGAAUUGAUCUAUGGAUUUGUAACAACUGAUAGCAGACUGUAUUUACCACACUAAUAAGAUAUUUCACAGAAGCUAGUAUGCUGUUACAUGGCAUAGGUCUAUCAGAAUGAUUUAAUUAUGCAUUGAUAGAUUUUUUUUUUUUGAGUUCUUGCUGGUAUGAAAGAGAUACCUAUUUGCAAACUGAAUGAAAGUGUGUAGUGCAUUCAGUGUUUUUUAUUUGAGAAAUGAAGAGAAAAAUCGACAAUUGAGAAAGCUGCAUUUUGCAUACAAACAAUGAAAAUUAAUUAUUAUCACAGUGAGUAAAAUUCCUGAGAAUUUUUAAUAUUCAAUGACUAUUUGAAUUUCCAAAGUAGACUUACUUUGAAAGUGAAUAUAAUUCAUUGUUUUGAUUGAAUUUGAGUCAACUAGAACUUUCUCGGGGGAGAUAACUCUUAACAAAAAGAGGUAUGAUGACAUAUAUCCUUAAUAAAAAUCUGUGAAUUUCAUGCUUGUUUGAAAUCAUUAUAUGUAUGUGCAGAAUAGAAGAUGCUACAAAUAAAGGCGGUGUUUGAAAGUUGAAUCUUAAUUAUUAAACUUAUUUUACGCAAGUG